UCGACUUUUCUCUCCCCCAUAAAUACCGAGUUUUGAUUUUGCUUGCUCACUUCUUCCGCCUCCAUCCUUCACUCUUGCAAAUUCAAUCUAGCGAUAGAAGCGCGCAGUUUGGUCAUAAGGACUAUGACAGGGGCAACAUGCUCUAAACUUGAUGACCUCCCAAUACAGGAUGGCAUUGUCUUAACAGAUCGGGAGAUAGAACAGCUUCUCCUUGAAGCUGAAGACCGACUCCAGGGUUGCGGUGUCGAAAGACCCAAAGAAUCUAACCAAAUACAGGCUACAGACUCACUUUCUGAGCAAUAUUCGAUUCGGAUACCAAAAUUAUCUGGCAGUACAGCCCUUGAGCCGUAUCUCGAUCCCCAAAAUGAUGUGGCAUUGGUAGAUACUGCCAGGUUGUUGCCUCAACAAGACUACAACGAUGUUCAUACUAGAAGGCCGAGCGCGGCUAUCCACGAUUCCAAAAGCUCAAAGAUGAAACCUACGGCUGGUAGCGACUGGUUUGACCUGCCCAAAACUGAACUGACGGCAGAGUUGAGACGAGACCUACAACUUCUUCGAAUGCGCUCAGUCUUGGAUCCUAAGAGGCAUUAUAAGAAGGAAAACAGUAAAGCGCAGCCCCCAGCUUAUUCUCAAAUCGGCACAAUUAUUGAAGGUCCAACGGAGUUUUUCAGUGGUCGCAUCGCGAAAAAGGACCGUAAGAAGACAUUCGUCGACGAAGCAGUGGCACUGGAGAAGGAGACCAAACGCUUUGAGACCAAGUACAGGGACAUCCAGGCCACCAAACAAAGUGGUAAAAAGGCCUACUACAAAAAUCUACGCUCUAAAAGAAAUGCCAGAGGGAAGUAGACUAGCUCGAAGGUUCAUUGGGGGUUCAUUCUCAUCUAGGGUCAAGCGAUGGCGUGCUGUCACUGGACAGGGCACUUGGUUUAUCUAUCUAAGCCCUGGGCCGAGAAUCUCGCGUGCGCUCACCGGACAGAGUUGCCUCGCCCUGAAUCCGUGAUAUCGCACCGUCAGCGCCCGUCGGAUGAUGGAAACCCGAAAGCGACUGUCUCCAUCACCAAUCUCUGCACACGUGUCAAUUGACGUUCGGCUGCAAGGAAGAGGGGCGAGCAUACCUGCAUGUCGAUUGCUGCCGAGCGACCAGCGUCAAGGACUUCUUGAUGGUUAGCCUUUCCUUCUUGCAUGAUUGCAUCCAGCUCUUCCGCCCUCUUGCCUGUGAGCAAAUUGUCAUCACCUCGGGGAACUGGUUCCAGAA